AUGCGGCCAUACCCUGGGGCAGCCCUAUCUGAGGAGAAGAAGGUAUUCAACUACCGCUUGUCCAGAGCCAGGAGGAUCAUUGAGAACACGUUUGGGAUUAUGGUGGCGAGAUGGCGAAUCCUUGGACGGCCCCUCGAAGCCCUUCCAGAGAAAGCCAAAACAAUUGUGAAGACCUGUGUGGUGCUACACAACUACCUCACCUACACUGAUGAGGGCAACACUGAACCCUGCCGCUACAUAACGCCCUCAUUUGUUGAUGUGGACACAGUGGGACAGCUACAAGAGGGUGAGUGGCGAAGAGUCACUGCAGGAAGCAACGGCCUGGAGAACCUCGCCCCCCAUCAGCUAACCCGUGCACGGUCCACACGGGCAGCCAGGGCUGUGCGAACAGAUCUCACCGCCUUUUUCACUUCUGACAUUGGAAUGGUGCCAUGGCAGUACGACAUCGAGCCGUCAUCAUUCCCCUCGAAAGAGCUGGUGGCCGGUCCCCACAAGGAGCUGGUGGAGGGUCCUGCCAAAAAGUUGGUGGAGGGUCCUGCCAAAGAGCUGGUGGAGGGUCCUGCCAAAGAGCUGGUGGAGGGUCCUGCCAAGAUGCUGACGGAGGGUCCCCUUGAAAAGCUGGUGGAGGGUAAUGUGGAGGAGCUGGUGGACAGUGCGUCUAUGCCAUGGGGAAGUGGUCUGUUGGCAGACUGUUGCACAAACACAUAG